CUCAGAGCGGCCUGGGUCAUCUCAGUCCAUCUGUCAGUUGUGUUAGACUCAUUUCUAGUUCGGUACCUGAAUUUAAGACCAGAAAUGGCGGGACGGCUUCUCCUCCGAACCUGGACGACCACGGCCCUUCGGCUGAGGACCACUGCGGCCGUUAGACCCGCUCCCCGGGCCAUGACCACCGUGAAAGUUUCAGGAGUUCCUACAGAUGAUGAACAGGCCACAGGACUGGAGAGACGGGCCCUGCAGGCUCUAAAACAGGGAAAGGAUCCGUACAGUAUCCUGAAGCCGAAGACGUACGCUGGAACCAAAGAGGACCCUCAUAUCGUACCAAGCAUCAACAAGAAGAGGAUGGUGGGCUGUCUGUGUGAGGAGGACAACACCGCCAUCGUGUGGUUCUGGCUCCAUGAGGGCGAGGCCCAGCGCUGCCCCUCAUGUGGGUCACACUACAAACUGAUCCACCAUGACCUGCCUCACUGAAAACCACCGGGACACCGUAUCACGGUGGAUCCGCCUCCUCUGUGGCCGUAUACUGCAAUGUGUGCACCUGCUGUAAACAUAUAGUUUAUCAUUAAAAUGUAACCCUAAACUGAA